AUGCCUACGAAAAAGGUCAAGGAUAGUGACCGACGACGAUGUGCCAGAGCAUGCACAAACUGCAAGCGGCGCAAAGAGCGCUGCGAUGGACGACAACCAUGCCGACGGUGUGUAGAGAGAGGAGUUGUCUCCGAGUGCAGUCUAUGUCUUCGUCGACAGUCUACUUUCAUGGCCUCAGCGCUGCCAAGUCCUCUGUCUGAACUGUCGGAUCCACGGUGUACAACUAUCGAAACUCGAGGCAGUGCGCUGCCGGAUCAUAACAAUGAGCAAUCGCACGGAUUUCAACAUGAGAUGGCACUGAGGUUUCCUCAUCUUUCGAGGUUGAUCAAAGAUGAUAGAGGCACCUUCAUGUUCAUCGGCGACUCUGCCAACCACAGCUUUCUCCAGAAUAUUCGUCGCAUUGUUCGCGAGCGUGUGGGGGAUUGUAUCUUUGUCGAUGAUCCAAUGCGGCACUACAUGGUUGAGGCAUGUCCAAGCAAAGGUCAUAAUUCAAUCCUUCAUCAUGGGACAGAGCCACCACCUAGACCGACUGAGGACGAAGCAAAAUCAUUUGUGUACUGGUACCGGCAAGCCACGCACUCCAUUCUCCAGCUUUUCGACGACGCCAAAAUAUGUGACGAUAUCCUUGAGUGGCUACGUCUACCUCAAGAGCCCGUUGAUGCAAUCAGUGCCACGUAUUCGUUGAUACUGGCCAUUGGCGCCCAGGCGUGUCCCGACGACUACGACGAGAGAGCCGAGCGACAUUUUAACUAUGGAAGAUAUGUGACAUUGGCAACUCUAAUGGAUGACCCAAGCAUUGCCACCACGCAAUGCCAUGUUCUUAUAGCCAUGUAUCUUCUGGCCCAAUCACGCAGGAACGCCGCCUUUAUGUACUUGGGUAUAGCUGUACGUGGAGCUUACGCGCUGGGACUUCACAGAGAAGAUGUUUCUGCAUUGUACGAUGCGACCGAGUACAUGACAAGAGAGCGUCUAUGGAAAGGCAUCAGAACUCUGGAUUUGUUCAUGAGUGCAUCACUCGGCAGACCGCCGGCCACCCUGGAAACUCGCGAUACCGCAUCGAAGGAGCACUAUUCAGCCAUGAACGACUUGUCAUACAUUUUUGAGAACAUAUUAACUGAAGUUUAUGCAAAGAGAAUGAUCACAACGGAAUGCCUCAAGAAAAUCAGCGAGCUUCAUCGGAGCUGGGCGACCAGAUUCGGUGGCGGCCUGAGAGUGGACAACAUUCCUCCUCGUGACGAAGUACAAACAGAAGCUGGGAAUGGCCCAAAUCUCGGGCUCAUUCAUCUGAAAGAGGCAUAUUAUUGGACCAUCAUGCUAUUAUCUCGACCCUUUUUAAUCGACUAUAUUUCUUCGUCAUCGCCGCCAGAAGAGAGGGAUUCAUCUUCCACCCCAAGUCAGCCCACAUCUUCCUUGUCCCCGUCACGCAACAUUCUUGCUCAAGCAUGUGUCGACUCAGCUGUUCGUACUAUUGAUCUCUUUCAGCCGCUAUUAACCAACAAGUUGACACCGAAGAGGCUGCCGUUUGUUGUGAAUUCAGCAUUUGCAGCAUCACUGAUCAUUGGGGUUGCUCUCUUCAGCGAUCUGGAAGGAUCCGUGCCAUUGCGAAGGAAACGAUUGGGGGACGCUUGUAAGGUGUUGGAAAAAUUCAGCGUCCACGACCCAGUGACAAAGCGCUAUCUAGGGAUCGUAGAGAAGCUGAUCAGUGCUUGCGAUACCUUCUUGGAACUACAGCAGCAAAAGAGGAUGGUAUACAAUAACGAUCUAAUCGGAAGGCUAUUUGGCCGCCUCGAUGAAGAGGUCACAAUGAAAGACGCAAAGACUACCAACGGGAACUCUGGAGAUGUGACUCAGUGGCACAGAGUCUGGGAAUCAGAACCAGUAGCGCUCAGUCAACCGACUCCACCGGCAACAGAAACCAGCGCCAUGGUGAACAGCCACACAGAAAAUGAAGCUUUGGGAGAAAUCAGAUAUGACUGCGAUGAUCCGUCACUUCAAAAUCAGAGCAUAGUCAGCGACAUCGGAAACUUUUUAUCCCCAAGAACCCUUUGGUUUGAUGCGUAUGACAAUGGUACGCUAUUUCCUACCGUCGGAGUUAGUAUGUUGGACUUUGCAAGUCUAGAAGGAGACCAUCAUAACGGUUAG